AUGGAUAAAGGAGACGGGUAUAUCAAGGAUGUGCGCAACACGGGUCAAAACCAGAAGACCACUCCUUUUCGCCUACUGCCACCAAAGCUUAGUGUCGAGGAUUCUCUGUUCUGGCUGACAAUUCUCAGCCUGAUUGAUGGCGCUUUUGAAAACUUCACCUCCUGGUCUUACUUCGAGGGGGUAUAA